CUGGCUGCGGCUCCGGCUGAAGUAAAAUCUAAAAAUUACUUGAAAACUAGACUGCAAAUCGAAUCUUUAAUUAUUGAGUAAAUAUUUAUAUCCAAGGAGGAGUUAAGUUAUUGUUGCCAUAGUAGGUAGCGUAUUUUAAUAGUAACUAAGUAAAUAUUGACACUGAAUUGUCACUUGGUGAAUAAUUUGAGAUUUUAACCUUCGCCUGGUUGCUAGGACAAAGAAGUAUCAAAAUGCAGAAUUUUUCAGUUGAAAGCAUAUCAGAAAAUAAAAUAGUUUCUUUUGAUUGUAUUCCUGUUGAUACGGUCGCUGAGAAAAGAAUAUCAAUCCAAAAUGUGUCGGAGGGUAACCUUACAUAUCGAGUGUCGCUAAUAUACGUUUUGAAUAGUAUCGACCAUGUGUUCAAACUGUCAAUCACAUCAACUCCCGUAAAAUCUCUCGAUUGGGCUGAAGUGAAGAUUAUAUUUCGACCUAAUGUCGCCGGUCAAUCAUACACGGAGUACUACAUGGUUGAUGAUACAGCUGGUAACGUUUAUAGGCUGACCGUUACUGGAAAGUGCUUCGGGCCCCAUGUAACUUUGAAUAAGAAGAAACUCGUAUUCAGAAUUUGCAAAAAUGUUAGCGAGAAAAGGAAGGAAGUUAUAAAUAUGAUUAAUAAAUCAGGGGUUGAUGCUACAUACCAGUGGCUUCUUCCAACUGGCGGACAAGGAUUUUUUCAAAUAUCCAAAGGUAACUGUGGUGUGAUUCGGGCAUUUGAAAAUAUUACCACCACAAUCACGUUCUCCGGAAUAGCGCUCGGGGUUUAUACGGCAGAACUAGUUUGUUUAGUCCUGAAUCAGGAACCAUUAUAUCUGAACGUAAUCGCAUCCGUUGUACUGGCCGGAAAUCCAAUGUACAAUAUACAGGAUCAUGUGUUCGAAAAGAAUUGGAAAGUUAAAAGCCGAUCAGCUCACCUGAUGGAGAACAGUUUGACCUGUUUAAGUAACAUACCCUCUGCAUCGGUGUUCGAAAGGUAUUUAGACUUCGGUACGGGAAGCGUUUCUGAUGUAACGAUGAACAUAUCGCAGACUUUGUGCGUCACCAAUCACGAGAAGGACGAUGGGUGUAUACAAUGGAUACCAGAUGCUGAUAACGUAUUCAUAAUUGAUCCUAUUGCAUGCGUUAUUCCUCCAAAUGAAUCCAGAUUGUUUACUAUCAGAUUCAGGCCGAAAGUUGACAACGAAGUUUAUGGUUACUUGCUAUGCGGGGAUUAUCAGUACAAAAAAUAUGACAAGGAAAAUGAUGAGUUUGUACAAAAAAUUAAGCACACUUGGUUUAGGAUUCCUUGUGUUGGUAACACGUGGCCACCUUGUUCUGUAUGGAAAACGGAAUGGGAUUGUCCAACUGAGGUUGUUUUACCACCCACUGUACCGGCUAGGACAACAUUUACAAACUUCAUGUUAUCCAAUAAAUUGGAUACACCCAUGCAUUUCAAAUUACAAGCGCCAUACAACACGAAUUUUGUCGUAAUGCCCAUGUGUGGCAUAGUUCCGGGGCGAGGAUGGCAAAUAAUAACUGUAGCGUUGGAGCCAAAAGUUUUCGGAGAAUAUAUCGAGAAUUGGGACCUUAUUAUUAACAAAGCACAAAAAGUUCGUAUUACCUUCUGUGGCAACGCGGAGAUCAGCCAGGUGGAGAUGAUGUCGCACGGGUACAACCCGGGCGCACACGCCAUGUACGAGUUCCAGCCCACCAUCACUGGUUGCACGAACUACUGCACGGCUUAUAUGCACAAUCUCACUAGGAUGGAAACACACAUGAGAGUCAUAAGUCAUGUGACAUGGCUUGGCGCUGAUGACAAUGGGGUCAUAAUUUUGCCGCCGAAGGAAAUAGUUAAAUUUCACUGGUGGUUCUUCCCUCGAGAAGCUGAUAAAGUUUAUGAGACCACCGUCACUUGCUCAUGUAUCUGUUUGAUUGACGGAAAACCUGUUGGAGAACCUACAGAAGUAUUUAUUAAUAUAAUUGGAUUUUCCGAACUGCCUAAUUUGAAGGUAUUGCCAAUAAAACUAAACAUUCACGACACCGCAGUGGGUGAAAGUGUCACAUUUCCAGUUACACUUUACAACUAUGGAUCCUGUUUUUUCACAUCAAAAUUGUAUCAUCUUAUUAAUGGCAUGGGAGACGAUUUUAGUGGUGACAAAUUUGACAUUGAUUCCUCUGUCAACAGUUUGAAACCAUCUGACCACUGCGAAGUGAAUAUGACGGUAACGGCGGAAGGAGCGGGCUCACGUCAAAUAGACAUCAAAUACACGGUACUCUUUCGUACGGAAUACGACGUGGUGGAAGAGAUACAGCCGAUCAAGAAGACUAUAUGCAUCAUCUGGUAUGACGGGAUAUACCCAACGAUUAAGGUGAAACGUACGAUAACAGUUAAUUGCCCCAUUAUUUUAAGUAAUCAUUGCGUCUGGAAUAUGAUUAACGUUGAAGAGUUCAAUAAAGCCCUUGAAGAAUGUCGACCCAACAAGCCUUUGAAUGUCAACCUCUACACCCCAGACCUUUGUGUUCGACACAGUGACGUAGAACUGAUACUCAUAUUGGGGUGUAUUUAUGCUUUACCAGUUCCGUUCAAUUUUCGAAGAGAAAAGAUCUGCGAUUGUGAAAUGGUUGAAGUUCAAACUGGUAUUUCAACUUAUGAGAUGCGGCACAACUGUAUUCACAGACCUUUGGUAGAAUUGGUUCCAAUGAAUGGAAUAGUUACACCUGAAAAUCCAGUGUUGUUGCACUUAAAACUGAAGUACACAUUUGAGGGCCGAACCACUCUUUGCUUCGUGAUGACAAUGCCUAAUCAUCGGACACUGAACGUUUUCAUUAACAUUUACGCCCAUGAAAACUCGAAAGGCGUCCUCGUUCCCUUACGCAGGCUAGUGGGUGUAGAUGAGUAUCUUACAGUGAUGGAUUGUGGAAGAGUGCCUAUUAAUAAUCUCGAUCCGGUAAUACGGAUCACCUGGCUCUACAAUCCUACUGAUGUGUUUACAACAUGGCGUCUUCUCCGUGGCAACAAUAUAACACCAGACACUGUCAUAAAAUGCCUGCAAUACUUUGCGGAAGUGCCACCAAAUGAUAAAUUGGCUAUACCAUUCGCUUUUAUGCCCACGGAAAUGAUUGAUUACGAGGUGGUCUUCUAUUGCUCUUUUGGAUAUGACAUAGUCAAGAUCCUCGUAAAAGGGCAAGGUGGUCUCCCAAAUUGUAUUGAAACGAGGCUUGACAUACCAUUGUAUGUAGAAAGAAUCAUCAGGGCUGCAUAUCGACAUAAUGUUGUUUCUUUAUCCAAGGAGCACAUGACCUUACCAAUUAUGUUGACGCAUUCACUUUCAAGAGACAUAAUAGCUAUUUCUAAUGACACUGAUCAUGUAAUAAGAUUUAUUUGGCUACCUGAGAGAAUCCCGAACUUAAUCAACAUAGUGAUGACGCCAUGGUGGGGAGUCAUCCAGCCCAAAAGUACGGAAUGGAUCACUAUGACCGUUUAUACUUUACAAGAACCUGCUACUUUUACGACGACUGUGACAUGUGAACUUCUCGAUUUGACCGAACGAAGGCGUUAUCAAAAAAACGAAGUUUUGAGGAGGGCUAAAACUGAAAAAUGCAACCAAGAGUUUAUCAUAACGGAGGAUGGCUUGUUUCAUCCUGAUAUAAAUGACUGUCCUCCAUAUGUUUUGGAUAUAAAGAAACCACUACCAUCGUAUCUUGCAAUGACUGUAGCAAUAUCAACAAGGGGUCAACGUGAUGGAUAUAACAGAAUGCUGUUGAAGCAAAUGUGGGAGCAGACACCCCCAUACGACCUUUUAUCUUCAGAUGUUUACGGAAAUCUAGAAGGCACUUCGGGCAAUAAUAUGACGACGAUGGAUGUAUCACAGAUUAUAGACGCUUUGCUGUGGGAAGCGUUGCAUAGCAAGAUGUUCAAGUUCCAUUUAGAGUACUAUGCGAAGGAAGAUAUCCCUACACAUGAUCAAUUGGUCAAAGCCAUCGAGAGCGAUAUGAAGUCGAAAUUAAGCAAACGAGUCACGUCCGGAAUAUGUGACGCCAUUGUCAAUAAAGCUAUGUUCAGCGUCUAUAACCUCAAUUGCAGACACGAGUUUACCAUUUUGGAGGCCGAAUAACUGUUAUUUUAAUAACUCUUUCAUUAUUAUUAAUGUUAUUACUUAAAUAAAGUUAAAUUAAACCAU